AUGUCUAAACCAACUCCUCCAUUCGGCUUCAAGCCAAAGGCUGCCUCCUUGCUGGAUUUCCACCGUGUCAUGGCGCCCACUGCUGGCGACAUGAUGGGCAAAUGUGACAAGAAGACGGUAUUCGAGAUUUUGGACUUGUUCCAUGACCAAGGCGGUAAUUUUAUCGACACUGCAAACAACUACCAAUUCGAAGAAUCCGAGAAAUGGAUUGGUGAGUGGAUGAAGGAGCGUGGUGUUCGGGACCAGAUGAUCGUGGCUACAAAAUACACGACAUGUUUCCCCGACCCAACCAAUGCGCCGCCACGACAAAAGAUCAACUAUGGCGGAAACAGCACCAAGUCGCUCCGUGUAUCGCUCGAGGCGUCUUUGAAGAAGCUUCAGACCGACUACAUUGACCUGUUGUACGUGCACUGGUGGGAUUAUACUACGAGCAUCCCAGAGGUUAUGCAGUCUCUCAAUGCGCUGGUGAACAGCGGAAAGGUGUUGUACCUUGGUGUCAGUGACACACCCGCAUGGGUUGUCAGUAAGGCCAAUGAAUAUGCCCGAAACCAUGGCCUGCGCGGAUUCAGCGUCUAUCAGGGCCGCUGGUCUGCAGCUGACCAGAAGCGCAAGAGCAACGAACAAGGCCGCAACUUUGGUCCUGCUUCGGAAAAGCACAUUGCCAUUUCGAAGAAGCUUGAAGCAAUUGCAAAGCAGAAGAAUACGCAGAUUACAAGCAUCGCGCUUGCAUACGUACGUCACAAGUAUCCUUACGUCUACCCGAUUGUUGGUGGCCGCAAGGUCGAACACCUCAAGGGCAAUAUCGAGGCGCUAGCGAUCGAGUUGAGCGAUGAAGAGGUUGUCGACAUCGAUUCGGCUGUUCCGUUCGAAAUCGGCUUCCCCAUGAAUAUGAUGUUCGAGUUUGGGGGCGCCCAGUACAAGCACACCAUGACGAGCUCAGAUAUUGCACUUUUGCAGUUUGCAGGUCCAUUGGAUAGUGUACCUCACCAACAGGGACCCAAGCCGCACCCGCUGGAAGGACAUGGAGGCAAUUGA